AACAGAUACAAAGAAAAUUAGUAUAUAAUUUUAAAAAAUCUGUAUAAGUUCCCACUUUUUUGUUUCUUUAAGUAUAUGGUAAUUGACACUUUAUUAUUAUUUUGUAAGCGAUUAGCUACUUUUGUCAGGAAAAAAAUAAAUUUUUGGGUUAAUGGCGAAUUUUCCUACUUUAGGUGCUCAACAAGAAACUAAUCGGAAAAUUCUCGAAGAUCUUCAGUUGAAGAAACAACUUUUGCAGAAAGGUAAUAUACCGGGUUUAGGAACUGGAAUAUCACCAAAUACACUUUACCAGAUACCUGCAAGCCAACUUUUGCAACCGUCGGAUUUUUCUCAAAGUAGUGGUUUGGCGACAGCUUCACGUUCUGUGUUUAACGCAACAACGUCAACCACGCUAGGAUACUUCGUCUCACAAGAUUCUUUCUACGGAAAUUCGUUCAUACCGGUAUUACCACGUCUUGAUCCAGUGUCUUCUUUGAAUUAAAAAAAA